UUUUGAACACGUUUUCAAGAUUUUCAAAACAAAUACAAAUAUUUAAAAGGAUUUCAAUUUGAAGACAAUUUAUGGUUAAAGUGAUUGCAGUGACAAUGGAUGCACACAAACCACUUCCCAAGUCUUAUCUCAUCGCUUCCCGUCUCUUAAGACAAAUGGAUGGACAGAAGGGUUCUUUGAAUUCAUUGAUAACAUCGGUCAAUAAGAAUGGAAAUAAUAUUAAACAGAUUUAUGCACUCAUAAUGAAAACUAUUCAGAACCUGAAGAUAAUUAAGCAAAUGGUGAACAGCAUAGACACCGACAGCAGUGGUAAUUGCGAUGAGUUCUUGACGCAGAUUCUGAUCGCGGAUCUAAUGUUUGGCAAAAGACUGGAAGGGAUACGAAAUGUGCCACAAGUGGCACAUAUUGUCUCAUUUGAAAAUAAAUUCAAACAAAUCCUCAAAAAUAACACGGGAAAAGGUGGAAGUGCUGGAAGUGAUGACAGAGUGAUUGUACGGUAUAUUCGCGUCAAUCUGAUUAAGACUACUUUGAAAAAAGUGAUGCGAAAACUGGUUAAACGAGACUUCAAGCAAAUAGAGUACAACAAAAGUGACAUCACUUUUGAGCAAUUCAAAGAACUUGUCGUUAAUCUGAAAGAAAAUGAUUUUCUAAUCGAUUAUGACUUUCAAAAUGAUUUAUUAGUUUUUCACAUCAACUCAACCAAAGGAUUACAAGAAUUAAAACUAUUCACUGAAUCCAAAAUUGUAAUGCAAGACAAGGCCAGUCUUAUUGCCGUCGAAUGUCUGCAAUUAGUCCCCGAAAUGACAAUUCUUGACGUGUGUUGUGCUCCAGGAAUGAAGACCACAGCAAUCGCUUCCAGAGUUAAAAACAACGCCACUAUUAUAUCGUACGAUAAAAGUGAAGAACGAAUCCAUGAAAUGGAGACAAUCAUUGAGAAGAAUGGCGUUAAUUGUUGUCAAAUUAAUUGUCGAGACUUUACUUCAGUGACUGCUGAAGAAUUGUCAUCAAUAGGCACUAUAGACGCUAUUCUGUUGGACCCGAGCUGUUCCGGUUCGGGAAUGAAUAAUAGAGUCGACUAUAGGAAAGGUGGCGAAGAUAAGGGCCGACUCUAUAGGUUGGCCUCAUUUCAGACACGGAUGUUAUGCCACGCGAUGUCAUUACAACCCAAACGAAUCGUUUACAGCACUUGUUCUCUGCAUUUGAUUGAAAACGAAAAUGUCAUCAAAUCGGUGUUCAGGGAAUCGGAGUUCGCCAACGAUUACAGUGUUGUCCACGCUUUACCCCAAUGGCCAACACGUGGUGUCGGAGACUAUGAGUUCGCCUCGAAAUGCAUCCGAUCUAACGCCACAUCAACGCUAACCAACGGUUUCUUUUAUGGGUAA